GCGGAGAAGACCUGAAGUCCGUGGCACUGUGGUGAUAAGGAAACUCAGGCACAGACAGUUUAAGUGACUUGCCCAAGGUCACACAGCUUUUUUUCUUAUAAGGCUAAUUAUUACAAGGCACAUGUCAGUGAAUUAGCAAGAUCUAGAUCCAAACAGUACUACAGACAUGGAAGAUGUUACAAAUGCUGAAGAAGAACUUAUUAAAGAAUGUGAAGAAAUGUGGAAAGAUGUGGAAGAAUGUCAGAAAAAAUUAUCACUUGUUGGAACUGAGACACUCACUGAUUCAAAUGCUCAGCUGUCAUUAUUAAUUAUGCAAGUGAAAUGUUUGACUGCUGAACUCAAUCAAUGGCAGAAAGAAAGUCCUGGAAUAAUUCCACUGAAUGAAGAAGUUCUUGUAACAUUAGGUAAAGAAGAGUUCCAAAAACUGAGACAUGAUCUUGAAUUGGUGCUCUCUACUAUUCAGUCAAAGAAUGAAAAGCUAAAGGAAGACUUGGAAAGGGAGCAACAGUGGUUGGAUGAACAACAACAGAUACUGCAAUCUCUUAAUGUACUACACAGUGAAUUGAAACAUCAGGUUGUGACAUUUUCUGAAUCAAGAAUCUUUGAUGAGCUGAAAACUAAAAUGCAUGAUAUAAAAGAAUAUAAGGAGAAACUCUUGAUUACCUUGGGUGAGUUUCUGGAAGAUCAUUUUCCUCUGCCUGAUGGAAAUGUGAAAAAGAAAAAGAAAAACAUUCAAGAAUCAACUGCACAGCUGCUAACACCGCAUGAAAUGUUAGAGGUUAAAAAAUGGCCAUACUUUAGUAACUAA